AUAGCACACUUGUCAGACUUCUGUCAUCAUUGCCACCUGCAAAAAUGGCAGAUUCACAAGAUUCCAAGGGCAAAGGUCGUGCCCAAGAACCUACAGACGAAAAUGUGCAAGACAGCCCAGCUGUUGACAGUGCGGAGAAGACUUCGGAGACAACGGCGACAAUCGAAGGUUCGUCAGAGCUGUCAAAGGAGAAGAAACCCGUGACAGAAAACAUCAAGGAGAAAAUUGGGAAGAAGCUUGGUCGAUCUUCCGAUGAAGAGAAGAAUAUCACACCUCAGAUGCUCGAAGCAUUACUUUCGAUGAACCCCGCGCUAGCUAAUGAACUUGCGCAUAUGCCUCACGACAAGGCUGUCGAGACACUGAGCAAACUGGAUGUUGCUGACAUCCUUACUGGAUUGUCUUUGGGCAAGAAAAACCAAAAAGAUAUGGCUUCUUACAAGUUCUGGCAAACUCAGCCUGUACCGCGUUUCGAUGACCAGGAAGAUCUCGCCGAAGGUCCUAUCAAGAUUAUCAAUCCGGAAGAAGUUUCAAAGGAGCCACCACAACUUAUCGAGGGAUUUGAGUGGGUGACUUUGGAUGUUACGGAUGACAAGGAGGUUGCUGAGUUGUAUGAUUUGUUGUCGAAUCAUUAUGUUGAGGAUGACAAUGCUAUGUUCCGCUUCAAUUACUCGAGAGCAUUCCUUAACUGGGCUUUGACAUCACCCGGUUGGAAAAAGGAUUGGCAUGUAGGAGUGCGUGCAUCCAAGAGCGGCAAACUUGUUGCCUCCAUCUGUGGUGUGCCGACAUACAUUCGAGUUCGCGAGCAGCGACUCAAAGUCAUCGAGAUUAACUUUCUUUGCGUGCACAAAAAGUUACGUUCCAAACGUCUCGCACCAGUCUUGAUCAAGGAAGUGACACGCCGCUGCUACCUGCAAGGCAUCUACCAAGCCAUUUACACCGUUGGUAUCGUCCUUCCUAAACCCGUUACAUCAUGUCGGUACUAUCAUCGACCCUUGGACUGGUUAAAGUUGUAUGAGGUUGGAUUUUCUCCCUUGCCUGCAGGCUCCACCAAAGCGCGCCAGAUUACGAAAAACCACCUUCCAAGCAGUACUGCAACCCCGGGUCUGCGAAAAAUGCAAAAGAAAGAUCUUGAUUCAACGUAUGAUUUGCUCGAGCGAUUCCAGAGACGUUAUCAGAUUAACCCUGCGUUCACCAAAGAAGAAAUAGAGCACUGGUUACUUCAUACCGAGACGAGAGGCGAGCAAGUUGUCUGGUCUUAUGUGGUGGAAGAUCCACAGACGAAGAAGAUUACGGACUUUGUCUCUUUCUAUAGCUUGGAGUCCUCCGUCAUUGGGAACCAGAAACACAAGGAAGUCCGUGCUGCAUACUUGUACUACUACGCCACGGAAACUGCAUUCAACGAGAAAGAGAAGGGUUUCAAGGACAGAUUGCUCUUAUUGAUCAACGAUGCUCUUAUCGAAGCUAAGAAGGCUCGUUUCGAUGUCUUCAAUGCUCUAACCCUUCAGGAUAACCCACUUUUCCUUGAGCAGCUCAAAUUCGGUGCCGGUGACGGUCAAUUACACUACUACCUGUACAAUUACCGUACCGCUCCUGUUCUCGGUGGUGUCAAUGACAAGAAUUUUCCAGAUGAGAAGAAGCGAGGUGGAAUGGGCGUGGUUCUUUUGUAAUUGGCCUGUGUUUGUAUCCUGAACAUAUAUAACAAACAUAACCGGGGAAGCUUUGUUAUUACCCGAGCAUUUUGGCUGGUCUGACCUUGAAAGAAAAAGCCAUGUGCUUCUUAUUGAUUCAAGGAAUAACUGAAUGAGAAUAUUAACAUCCUUGCUACCAAUCAAGGAACAGUUUUAAAUAUGUG